AAGGAAAAUAUAUAAGGAAACCGAAAUAUCAAAUUAUCUCAAUGGGCACUGGAGACGGAAAUAAAGACAAACCAAAAGCCAUGUCACGCUUGAGGCCAAUAAAAAUCACGGCAGUGGGCGACGGUAUGGUCGGCAAGACCUGCAUGCUCAUCACGUAUACAGAAAAAAAGUUUCCCAUGGAAUAUAUUCCUACCGUCUUUGAAAACUACCCAAAGACUAUCGAAGUUGACGGCCAGGAAUACGAUGUUACACUUUGGGACACUGCGGGACAAGAAGAUUAUGAGAGACUUAGGCCUCUGUCCUAUCCAAACACCGACUGUUUCCUAUUAUGCUUCUCCAUAAAUGCACGCAGCUCUUAUGAAAACAUAGCCAGCAAAUGGUAUCCCGAACUUAAAGUUCAUUGUCCAAAUAUUCCAAUAAUUUUAAUUGGUACGAAAGGCGAUCUGAGAUUGGAGAGCAACGAGAUAAUAAGUCCUCGGGAGUGCAAGAAGAUGAAGAAGAAGAUCAGAGCGUACAAGUACCUCGAGUGCUCGGCGAAAAUGCAGGAAGGCCUUGACGAGGUGUUCAUCGAGGCGGUGCGCUCAGUUCUCAAAAGACCCUCUUCGGCUCGGAAGCUCUGCUGCAUGAUGUGAACGUAACGUGAUGUAUUCCCCAGCGUUGGCACUUGCUACGCAGCCGAGCACGCCAAAGACUUUCUCAGCAAUAUGUAUUUGUAAAUGUAACAUUGCGUAUGUGUUUGCCACGCUGCGAACGUAAUUUACAGUACCUCGUUAACUAGCUUACCAUUCUUUUAUAGAUCCUUUGUAAAUAUCAUUCUUUCGACGACAGCCUUAAUGAAAUAUAUUAAGGGCUUUGCCGAUUUUAUCUUAUUCGACUGAAGAUGAAUAUUAAUGAAUUAUGUUAGAUUUGCGAAUAUCUUCUCGAUCGUAGUAGGGGGAAUGUGGGGCAAUGGCGAAGCGCGCGUACUUGCUUCGAUUAAAACGGUGUGCUCGCUUGUGCACUUACAUACAUAAUUCGUAAUCGAUGAUCAAGUAUUAUACGAUGCCUUUACACACUUUUAUAUGUAAAUUAUUAAUGUCGCUCUUUCAAUUCUCUGUAUAGGCGCAUCACCUUGCGUUUUUUAAAUUAAAAUUACAUUACAGCGCUUGUAAAUGAUAAAAUACAUAAAUUGAAAUAAUAUUUGCAUAAGGCUUUGGUCGACUAGAAUUUAAGUGCAAAGUUAAUGCAUUUGUAGUUUCACGAUUAUUUUUAUCAGCAAUUAGUGUAGAGAAUUGUAAUAUUAUUCAAGAU